AUGGAGUCUACAGUCGACCUUCUAUCUUCCGAUCUCUUCAAACACCGCUAUGAGAAUGGUCCGCGGGAAGCGCACCUGGAACGAUCAUAUCACCGAGCCAGGGCCAUGGCUAGAUAUUGGAGACUGACUGUGGAUGACAUUAUUCACUUGACCCCAAAGUACCGUCGUGCCCACACAGAUGGCCUUGUUGUCCGCGACCCAGUCGCCCAGACCAUCUUCACCAUACACUUUAAUCUGAUCGGAGGAACCAUUGCCUCCUAUCUGCCCAAACGCCCAGACCUGGAGCCAUUGAUGAAACAGAUCUUGCACUUUGAUGUGGUUGGCAGUUUUAUGCUCACAGAAGUCGGACACGGUUGCGAUGCGAGGAAUAUCGAAACCAUUGCCAUUCGGCAGCCCGAUGGCAGCUUCAUCCUGGAUACCCCGACCCCUGCCGCAAGAAAGUUCAUGCCACCGUCUGCCCCCGUGGCAGGACUACCACGCAUUGCGCUUGUUUUCGCACAUCUCUUCGUGGACGGCGAGAACCGAGGGAUCCGUGCGUUUAUAGUUCCACUUAACAAUGGGCGGCAAAUGCAUCAAGGGAUCAAAGCUUGGCGCCUUCCCGACACUGGGUCUGGAAGGGCGCUCAACCACGACCUUACGUCCUUCGAUCACGUCCAUCUCCCGCCCACCGCCGUGAUAGGAGACGUGGCGAAACCUACCAACCUGCGCGAUCAGUAUCUCGCCUCGAUUCACCGCCUGAACAUCGGAGCACUGAUCAUCAGUCUGUGGGUAAUACCCUUUCUGAAGGCUGCUGCUUUUAUCGUGGGAAAGUACAGCCAGCAACGCACAGUCCAGGCAGGACUGCACGGAGAAAGAGUCCCAAUUUUAACCUUUCGAACCCAACAGCUCCCAAUUGCCCAUGCUUUGGCGGGGGCUGCAGUGUUGGAACGGUUUGCAGAUUGGGCGAUCGAGUACCAUAAGUCUUCUGCGAUCGGCCCCGGGGCCAAACAUGCGCUCAGCGUGAUCUUCAAGGUGGUCGCUCUUCAGAAUGGACGUGACAGUUUAUUUCAAUUGAUCGAGAGAAGCGGUGCCCGAGGGGUGUUCCCCGACAAUAAUCUCUUGAAAAUAGAGUCCAUCUGUCGGGAUUCUACCACGGCAGAGGGAGAAACCUUGGUUCUUUCGAUCCGCGCUGCCACCGAGUUGCUCCUUGGCCGGUACAAGGUCCCCGAUGCCAAAAGGCCUGGCUCUCUUCUGGCACGGCACGAGGCUGGAUUGACUGCGGAGCUGAAGAGGCUCCUCGAAAGAAUCAAAGGGCAUCGGAGUACAGAGUUCAACCACUAUAUCCUACCCAGGUGUCGUCCGAUGCUUCUGGCUAUUGGCCAACGGAUGGCAUACGAGGCAGCCAUCGACCGGAGGGUCGACUCGGACCUUUUGGCACUGUACGAAGCUGGGGCAGUAAAGAGCGACUCUAGUUGGUAUGUGGAGCAGCUGAAGCUCAGUCGAGCAGCUCAGUUUGAAAUGGAGCGCCGAGCAUGCGACACCGUGAUGUCGCAGCUUGACCAGCAUUUGGAUGGGUUGGGUAUUGAGCCAUACUGCACCGCCCCGAUGAUUUCUUCCUCCCGAUGGGAUGCCUUUGUCAAUGCAUCCCCAGUAUUUCCUAGAGACAUCGACUCCGAUGGAGGCUUUCGAGCAGCGAAGCUGUGA